AUGGUCAGCAUCAUGAAGUUCUGGACACCUCUACUCAUGGCAUUCCUGUGUAUGAUGCUACCGUCUGUGCUGGGAGGCAUUGCGAAACCAAGACCAGAAGCAUCAAUUGCGGCGUGCUGGGGAGAACCAAAAGAAGUGGACUGUGCCCUGAAGUGUUCCAGAAACUUCUUUUGUCUAAUGGUAAAUUACACAUGCUGCUGGACCUAUUGUGGAAACAUCUGUUGGAGAAUUGCACAAAUCGAUGACGAGUAG